UUCAAAAGGUGUUCGCGCUGGAGGGAUGCGUUCUGACUGUUUUAGCGAGUAGAGUAAAGGAGAAGGAGAUUUAUAUCCCUAUCGCCCACUGCAUUUUCAUUGUUUUGAAGAAUGGCUGAAGAGUCCGCAGUGAAGGUCUGUGUGCGGGUCCGUCCCCUCAUCGCUAGAGAACAACGUAUCUCUGAGGGAGCAGAUCCUGUUCCGUUGUACUGGCGAGCUGAUGAAAAAUCCAUCCAUCAAAUUGACGAUGGCAAUGGCACCAAAAGUUUUAGUUUUGACAGAGUAUUUUGUGCAGCAGAAACAACUAAUCAGUUGUACCAGGACUUUGCCAAGCCUCUUGUUGUUUCAACAGUCGAAGGAUACAAUGGAACCAUAUUUGCCUAUGGACAGACGUCCUCAGGGAAGACUUUCACCAUGAUGGGGAGUGACCAUAGUCCUGGAGUCAUUCCCCUGGCUGUGGAAGAUGUCUUCCAAACUAUCCACAAUUGUCCCACUAAGGAGUUUCUUCUCCGAGUGUCCUACAUGGAGAUUUACAACGAGACUGUAAACGAUCUCCUUGUUGACGGAUGGAAACGUAAACCUCUGGAAGUCAGAGAGGCCAUCAACAAAACCAUCUACGUAGCAGAUCUGACAGAGGAGCUGGUGACAUCUCCUGCACAAGCACUGGCAUGGAUCCGCAAAGGAGAAAAGAGCCGACACUACGAAAAGACUAAAAUGAACCAACGGAGUAGCCGAUCUCACACAAUCUUCCGAAUGAUCUUGGAGAGUCGUGAGAGGAGUGAAAAUUCAGAUGGUGCUAUCAUUGUGUCCCACUUGAAUUUAGUUGAUCUAGCAGGAUCCGAGAGAGCAAGCCAAACUGGAGCUGAAGGCACACGUUUUAAAGAAGGUUGCAAUAUCAAUCUCAGUCUGUUCACACUUGGCCAGGUGAUCAAGAAGUUGGCAGAAAAUCAGAAGGGCUUCACAAACUACAGAGACAGCAAACUCACUCGGAUCCUACAGAACUCUCUUGGUGGCAAUGCCAAAACCGUUAUCAUCUGCACCAUCACUCCAGUGGCUCUCGAUGAAACUCUGGGAACCUUGCAGUUUGCAAGUGCUGCCAAGAAAAUGAAGAACGACCCUCACGUGACUGAAGUGUCUGAUGAUGGCGCUCUGCUGAAGCGUUAUCGAAAUGAAAUUGCUGACCUCAAGAAAAGACUGCACGAGGUUUCUACGGUCACGCAUACUACCGCGACAGAGAAGCAGUUGCUCUCUCAGCUGCUGCAGGAGAAAGAUCAGCUUCAGAGAGAGCAGCAGGACAAGAUCAAGAACCUCACCAAGCUGCUCGUCACAAGCUCCACCUCUAUUGCUGUCAACAGGAUCCCUAGACGGAGGGUCACGUGGGGCGGGAAGAUGCUGAAGCUGUGUGUGCCAGGCUCCUCUGAUGGAAGUCCAACUGAGCACAGUUUCAUUGAUACUACAAAUCUUAAGAGCGAAGCUAGCUGUUCUGCUUUGAUGGAGGCUGAUGAAGACGAGUUUGAUUCUCGUUGGGGGAUCCCCGAUGAUCCGCCAGACGAUUUGGACAUGAGCUCCACCGCUAUAACCAUCCGAAGCUAUGGUGAAAGGCUUGACGGCCGAGUGGCCGAGCUGGAGAUGCAGCUGCGAACACAGGAACAAGAGAAGCAAGAGUCUCUGAAUAAACUGCAGGAGUGGGAGCAGAAGGCAGCCAUGCUAGAGCAACAAGCCAGAAGCGAGGUGCAACAGAAGCAGGAGGCGGUGGAGAAGAUGGAAAUGUUGGAGUUAAAAGUCACGGAGCUAGAAUGUCGUCUGGACCAUCAGAUGGAAGCUGAUCAACAGACAAGAAAAGAAUUUGCUGAGACACUCCAGAUUUGUGAGAGCCUGGCUUCAGAGAAGGACACCGUUGUCACUGAGCUGGACUACGUCAAGCAGGAGCUGGCCAUGUUUGCAGAGCAAACCGAAAGUCUGGAGAGGGAGAACGCUGCUCUUUCACAGCAGCUGAAAGACAAGAAUGAAUUGGACGAGUUUGAAGCUCUGGAGGACCAAGCAAGGAAAGAGCACCAGGAUGAAUUGCACAGCGAAAUAUCCCUGCUGAAGGCGGCCGCAGAGUCAAGUGAACGCCAACACUUGGAGCUCAAGCAAAAAUAUGGGGCUUUAUGUGAAGAGCUCAAGAGGAAAACAGAGUUGGUGCAUGAUCUAGAGGGCAUGAAUGAUAAGGACUUGGUGCAAGAGGUGGUUAAUCUUCGCCGCUCCCUGGACGAUGCAGAGGGACUCAGCAGAGAUGCCAAGAAAGAGUGGGCUAUGCUGCGCAGUCGUAACACCACACUGGAAGAGAUGAAGGUGACACUGUCUGCUGAUCAUGAGAAAAUGCAGGCAGAGGUGACUAGUCUACGCAGCCAGCUAGAUGCAGAGAAGUCCCGCUACAAAAAGAUGCAGACUGAUCUCCAAAAAGAGCUCAACGUUGCCUUUGACGAAAACAGCAAGCUCAGCACUUUAUUGGACGGCAAAGUUCCCAGAAAUUUGAUGGACAGCGUGGAGCUGGAGAGGACGGUGAGGAGCCUGCGUAAAGAGCUGGCAGCUUCUCAGGAAGCUGAGUUAACCCUCCGAGCUCAGCUCGAGCAGCUUGGGGAGCUUCCGGCAAAAGUUGAUGCACUGAUGAAGGAGCUUCAUGAGCUGAAUGAAAAGCUGUGUGGAGUUGAAGCUCAAAGAGAUGCACUGCUGGCUGAGCAAGUCACCAGCCGAGAGGUGAAUGAGCGCAUUCAAAGUGGCCUGGAUGUUGCUCAGGAAAGCCUCUUGAAGGCUGAAGAAGAGCGAAGCGUGACUGAACAGAGGGAGCAGGACUUGAUCCAGCAACACGCAGAAACAGUUCAGCAGCUAGAAAGUCUCAAUGCAAACCUUGUGAGGUCAGACGCUGAGAAGAAUCUGCAACUCACAACUAUUGCAGAGAUGAAUGUGAAGAUCGAGCAUCUCACAGAGGAGCUUCUCCAGAGAGGGAACGAUGGAAGUGAAUGCUCCUCUGAGGAAAAAGAUCAACUGCUUUCCACAGUCGCAGCGCUCACUGAAGAGCGAGACCAGCUCAAGAUGGACAUGCAGGAGAAUGUUGAGAUGAUGAUUGAGAAUCAGGGCGAGCUCCGCGUGGCCCUUGACACCAUUAGUGCACAGAAGGAGAAUAUCAAGCAGCUGCAGGCGGCACUGACACAGACUGCUGGACGGGAUGCAGAAAUGAGUGCGCAGCAUCAACAACUCGUCUCACAGGUGAAGGCACUGCAGGAAGAGCUGGACCAGGUUCAAGCUGAGAGAGAGAGUCUGCUGCGUGAUCAGUCGGCCGAGGCUGUCAGAGAGGAAAUGGUGUCGCUGAUGAACAGACACGCUUCAGUGACCGAGGAGAAGGAGCAGCUCCUGGAGUCUCUGGAGUGUCUUCGACAGGAGAAGAGACAGCUGAGAGAAGAACUGGAGGAGACAAUUGAAAAGAUGGCAAUGAUGCCUUCUGUGGUCAGUGAGGAGAAGAGCCAGCUGGAAACUGAACUGCGAAACCAAAUAGAGAAGGCUUCUGAGAAUCAAAGACUUCUUCAGUCGGUGCAAGAGCAGCUUGCAGAGCAGAUUGAAAAGAAUAGUGAGUUGGAGAGGUUGGCAGAAGAGAGGAGAGCACAGUUGGAUCAGCAGGUGACUCAGAACGCGGCCCAAGCCAGCCUGGCUCAAGAGAACGUCAGAGGCUUGGAGGAGGAGCUCAACCGGCUGAGAGCCGAGAAGACUGAACUGGAGAGUAGACAUGUUUCUCAGGAGAACACAGACAACCUAAUGGAACUCCACCAACAGGUCCAGUCCUUGUCAGCGGAGUUGGAACAUGUGAGAGCUGAGAGAGACUCCAUGCAAGUGGGAGGGACCGUUGAGGCUCACAGAGAGGAGAACGAGAACCUCCAGAACAGGCUUGCGUCCCUGGCUGUGGAGAGAGAGCAGCUGCUGGAGAGUCUGGAGGGUCUGAAACAGGAGAAGAGGCAGCUCGCUGAAGAACUUGAGGAGACUAUGGCAGGAUAUCAACUGGAGGUGACAGAGCUGAAGGUGUCUCUCCAGAAUCUCACUGAACAGAAGACAAAGCUGGAGGACAAUCUGCAGAAGAGCACGAGUGAGGCCUCUAGAACGCAGGAGCAUCUGACGUCUGUCCAAGAGGAGCUGCUCAGCCAGGAACGAACCAUGACUACACAAGUGUGCACUUUAGAGCGACAGAUCCAGACACUGAGAGACAAACUAGAGGUCGCUGAAGCCGAGAGAGACAGAAUGGUGAUGGAGGAAGACAACUCGGAGGAGAUGGAGAUGAUCCAGAGAAGAGUGGUUGAUGUGACUGAGGAACGAGAUCAGCUGCUGGAGACUCUGGAGACCCUGAGACAAGAGAAGAGACAGCUCAGGGAUGAACUGGAGGAGACCACUGCAGCUCUGCAAGCUGAGGUGACAGAGCUGAAGGUGUCUCUCCAGAAUCUCACUGAACAGAAGACAAAGCUGGAGGACAAUCUGCAGAAGAGCACGAGUGAGGCCUCUAGAACGCAGGAGCAUCUGACGUCUGUCCAAGAGGAGCUGCUCAGCCAGGAACGAACCAUGACUACACAAGUGUGCACUUUAGAGCGACAGAUCCAGACACUGAGAGACGAACUAGAGGUCGCUGAAGCCGAGAGAGACAGAGUGGUGAUGGAGGAAGACAACUCGGAGGAGAUGGAGAUGAUCCAGAGAAGAGUGGUUGCUGUGACUGAGGAACGAGAUCAGCUGCUGGAGACUCUGGAGACCCUGAGACAAGAGAAGAGACAGCUCAGGGAUGAACUGGAGGAGACCACUGCAGCUCUGCAAGCUGAGGUGUCAGAGCUGAAGGUGUCUCUCCAGAAUCUCACUGAACAGAAGACACAGCUGGAGGACAAUCUGCAGAAGAGUGCUAGUGAGGCCUCUAGAACGCAGGAGCUUCUGGCGUCUGUCCAAGAGGAGCUGCUCAGCCAGGAACGAACCAUGACUACACAAGUGUGCACUUUAGAGCAACAGAUCCAGACACUGAGAGACAAACUAGAGGUCGCUGAAGCCGAGAGAGACAGAGUGGUGAUGGAGGAAGACAACUCGGAGGAGAUGGAGAUGAUCCAGAGAAGAGUGGUUGCUGUGACUGAGGAACGAGAUCAGCUGCUGGAGACUCUGGAGACCCUGAGACAAGAGAAGAGACAGCUCAGGGAUGAACUGGAGGAGACCACUGCAGCUCUGCAAGCUGAGGUAAAGACUUUGGCCGAGAAAUUAAGAGAUGUGGCAGAGAAGGAAGAUCUGCUUUUGGAGAAGGAGCAUCACUGCCAGACUCUCAGAGAGGAAGCCAAGGCCCUGCAGCACGAGACUCUGACUGCCACAGGAUCGACACAUCGAUCACAGAUCGAUACUUUAUCCGAACAACUGCGAGUGGUGGCGGAUGAGAAAGAUUUUCUCCUGCGUGAAAUUCAGACUCGCAGAGAGGAGACAGAAGAGCUGCAUAGCCGACUGAUUUCACUGACCGAGGAGAAGGAUCACCUCCAGAACCAUGUGGACCAGCUGGGACAGGAGAAGAUGAUGCUGGCAGUGGAAAAGGAGGAGACACUUCACAUGCUUUCUGGCAUCCAGCAGAAGUUGUGUACACUGGAGCAGCAGAAGGUUGAGAGCGAGGAAGCAGAAAACAGGCUGCAACAUGAGGUGCAGCUGCUAAAAGAAGAGUUGAGGUGUCGAGAAGUGGCAGAAGCCGGGACCUCGCAACAGUCACUCCCUGAAGCUCCCACCGUGGACAAGGCAUCAGUGCGCCUGCACAAUUCCACUGCGCAACUCCAGGAGCUUUUUGCAGAGUUCCAGCGGUUCAACGAUGGCUGUUGUAAAAGUUCUGCACUUGUGGAUCGAAGAGUGGAAUGGAUCUUGGAGCCCUCUGAAUUACCCCAUGUACCUAAAAGCUACAUCAUUGCCAUGGACCUUGGACAGAAGACCCUACGCAACACAGACCACAUUAUUGAAAACAUUUACAUGUGUGCCAAGAGGUACAGGCACCAAUUGGAAGCGCUUUUGCUGAACGACUUGGCUGUUUUUGAAGAGCAGCGGCUGCAGGAUGUGCUGAUGUGCCGGGCACAGGCGCCAAGCUUCUCUGUGAAAGUGGAAGACUUGAGUGCCGUAUGGGAGCGGAGACUCGCCGUGACUGUGGACAACAGACUCUCCCACAUGCAGACUAUUAGAAUCCUUCUAGAGAGGCUGUGGGUUCAUUUGUCAUCCCACACCACUCUGGUGACGGCUGAGAACGGUGAGAGGGAGCAGUACAAGAAGGAGCUGAGGGAUCCAUGCACAAACAAGGUCCCUGAACCUGUUGCACUGGAGCACAUACUGGACUGCGAGAUGCAGCGCAGAACCGAGGUGACUGAGCGCACCAAGGUGAUGCUAAAGGACCUCCUAGAAGAGUUGACAACAGAGCGCAACAAGAUGAGGAAGCUGAUCGAUCAAGGAGAGGCCCGGCUGAAAGAGGAGAGGAGCAAGCGUUUCACUCUGCAGGAGGCUCUCGGAGGAGCAGAGCUGAAAACAGAGGUGUCACUGCUGAAGGACAAUCGUCAGCUUGUUCUGUCGCUUCAGGAAGCACAGGAGAGAAUCAAGGCUCUCGGUAAAGAGGUGGAUGACAUGCAGAUCCAAGCCAGCGACCGGUUGUCCAACCAUAAACAGGCCACACAGCUGCUGCAGACAGAGCUGCAGGACAGUCGAGCUCUCACAGAGGAGAAGGAGCACAUGAUUCAGAACCUCAAGAGCAAGUUGAGGGAGUCUGAGGAAAACGCUGACCCGAGCGCCGCUGAGCUGCAGGACCUCCGGAAUAAGGUGUUGAAGCUGGAGAUGGAGAUGAGCGCAGCCUCUGAUAAACACCAACUCCAGCUCCAGAGAAUGACCACCGUGCUGAGCACUAAAGAAGCGUCUCUGAGGAAACUAAGGGAAACUCUCAGGCAGUCUCACCAGGAGGGAGAAGACUCCUUCCAGCAGGGUAAAGACCUCCAUGCCAGACUCGUGAACCCCAGAGGAGCCGUGUUCACGAGCAGCAUCCAGACAGACAAGGUCAAGCUGCAAGAGGAAGUGAAGCGGCUCAAGUGUCGGAUCACAGAGCUGGAGAGCUCGCUCUCCAACCAGACUGCAGAAGUCUCCAAGUGGAAGGGUCGGGCCUUGAAGCUGAAGACAAAGGUGGACAAACCCUCCUCACAGGGACCUCUAACUCCCACCAAGAGGGCGCUGCCUGACACCUUCAACUCAGUACUGAACUCACCCAAGAAGCUCAAUCUGAGCCCCAAUAAGCUUCUGGACUCUCCAAAGAAGCUGGCCAGCUCCCCGAGGACUGCUGUGAUCACCUCGCCCCUGAGCAAUCCCUUCUCUGGGCUGCCGUCCAGAGCCCACCCCAAGCGCUUUUUUGAUAACUCGGGGCUUGGAGACAUCCCAGACCUGCAGUCCCAAACUGACGGGAAGGAGGAGUGGUGGCCUCAGUCCCCCAAGCAGGAGGACCUUUGUAAGACGCAGUAAUAGCAGCAUCUGUGUUUCUUGAGUUAUUUGUUCGUUGUGUUUAAUGAAGUUCCAAUAAAU